ACCAAAGGCAGGCCGAACCACGCAUUAUCCAUCAUUCGCAGCGAUGGCAACCACCGAGGACGACCAUAAGCAGCUUCAUGUGGCAAUGCUCCCAUGGCUUGCUUUUGGUCACAUCAUCCCUUUCCUCGAACUCUCGAAAUUUAUAGCCCAAAAGGGUCACAAAGUCUCGUUUCUUUCGACCACUAGAAACAUCCAACGUCUCCCCACCCUCCCUUCCCAUCUCUCGCCACUCAUAAGUCUUGUUAAACUCACUCUUCCACAUGUUCAAGAGCUUCCCCAGAAUGCCGAGGCCACCAUGGACCUGCGCACAGGUGACACUCAUGAUCACCUCAAGAGAGCUUUUGACGGUCUUCAACCAGAGGUCACUCGGUUUCUCAAGGAAGAGUCUCCAGACUGGAUUAUUUAUGAUUUUGCUCCCUACUGGUUGCCGUCCGUAGCAGCUGGCCUUGGAAUCUUGCGAGCCUUCUUCUCGAUUUUCAACGCAUGGUUCAUCGCUUUUCUGGGAGGGUCGCCCGAGGGCUUGAUUAACAGUUCUGAUACGGCUGAGGAUUUCUUGACACUGCGGAAGUGGAUUCCCUUUCCAAGCAAACUAUGCAUGAGGAAACAUGAGGCUAUUUCGUUUGUGGGCCACUUUUCUGGGAAUGGUUCAGGGGUUUCAGAUGCAUAUCGUAUAGGGAUGGUUUUGAAGGGAUCUGAUUGUAUGUUUAUUAGACAUAGCUAUGAAUUCGAACCCCAAUGGCUUACCCUUUUAGAGAAGCUACAUCAACUACCGGUGGUUCCUGUGGGAUUAGUGCCACCUGAAACACCAACCAACAUUGGAAGUGAGAAAAACGAGACGUGGGUGCCAAUCAAGAAGUGGCUCGAUGGUCAACAAAAAGGUCAUGUUGUGUACGUAGCAUUAGGAAGUGAGGUUAUGGUGAGUAAAACUGAGAUGGCUGAUGUUGUUAACACUGAGUUAGCUUUGGGUCUCGAGCUCUCCGGGUUGCCAUUCUUUUGGGCUCUCAGAAAACCGGUAGGUUCCACAGAGUUAAACUUGCCAGAUGGAUUCUUGGAACGAACUCGUGACCGUGGUGUUGUGUGGACAAGUUGGGUACCUCAGUUACAAAUACUGAACCAUGAGUCAGUGGGUGGUUUCCUGACUCACUGUGGUUGGGGUUCAAUUGUGGAAGGGUUAAUGUCCGGUCACCCUCUUAUAAUGCUACCGUUUUUGGUGGACCAAGGUCUGAAUGCUCGAAUACUGGUGGACAAACAGGUGGGAAUCGAGGUACCAAGAAAUGAGGAAGAUGGCUCCUUCACCAAGGAGUCGGUGGCCAGAUCAGUGUCAGUUGUAGUCGACGAUGAAGGGAAGAUCUGCAAGGCGAAUGCGUUGGAGGUGAGUCAAAUAUUCGGGGACACCAAGCGGGAAAAAACAUAUAUAAACCACUUCAUAGACUAUUUGGAAAAGAAGAGGAGUGUGGUUUCUAUCAAUGAUGAAACUUAAAGCAUAUGGAGUACGUGAGUUGUUGGGUUUGUUUACAUUAUCAACUGUUGUAUGGACUAGUUCAAGUAUUUUGAUUUUCAUGUACGAAUAACCAGUUUGUUAUGUU